AUGGGGGCGCUGGUUCUAGCCCUGUGGGCUCUGCUGGUGUCUUUGGACCCUGCUGGCAGAGCCAGAGAGCCAGGGAAGAACCUGAGCUGCUACCAGUGCUUCAAAGUCAGAAGCCCGGAGUUUUGCUUGCCUGCGGUGUGCUCCUCCACUGACCAGGUCUGCGUCUCCCACAUGUUGAUCAUCACCCUGAGACUACCGGUGAAGACCCUGCUCAGCAAGCGCUGUGCCCCCAGGUGCCCCAACACCAACAUGGAGUUCGAAUGGCUGUCGGACUCGGGGGUGCUCAGCAAGAUCGUCCGGCACUGCUGCUCCAGAUCUCUCUGCAACAGGGCCCCCGCCCUGCAGGAGGGCCCCAGGGCCCUCCCACAGGGGCUCCUGCUUUGGGUGGGCCUCAACCUCCUCCGGGUCCUGCUAUGA